AUGCAGCGGUCGCCAACGAAGACUUAUUCAAAUCCCAACCUAACGAGCUCAGAUAUGGUCACGAUGAGGAAACGUAAACAACCUGAUUGUGCGUGCAAUUUUACUUCAUUUUCGAUGGAAUUUAAAAAAGCAAUGUCGGACCUGCAUACGGAUUUCGUAAACUCACUAACGCAAAUUAAUGAGAACAUCAAUAAUGUUAUAAAAAAGGACUUGGAAAACCUGUCGCUAGUCACAUCUGAAAUCAAAACGGAAAUAAAUACUUUGCGUAUUGAAAAUAGCACCUUAAAACAACACAUAGAUGACUUGGACACUAAAUAUAACAGGAUGACACAGGACUUAAGCAAUUUACAGGAGAGUGUUCAAUUCCAAGCACAGCAGUGUGAGUCUAUUGAGAGUAAGGUCCACAAUAUGGAGGCUACCUUGAAGAAAUCACCGGUUGACCCGGACUACUAUCGGUCACUAGAAAAUAAAAUAGAUUCCCUCGAACAGCAAGCAAGAAAUAACAAUAUCGAGAUCUCAAAUCUCCCGGAAAGGCGUAACGAAAAUCUACUUACCUUAAUAGAAUCCAUAGGAUCCCUCAUCAAGCACCCUGUUUCUAAGAAUGAUAUCCUAGCUAUACAUCGCGUGCCUCACGCGCAAGUAAGUAGCCGCCCAAAAAACAUAAUUGUUAUGUUUUCAUCUCGCAUGCUUCGUGACAAUGUGUUAAGUGCGUACCGCCUGUCAAAAGGUCUUAAAUCUGAACAGCUUGGGCUGUCUGGUACAUGUCUCAAUAUUUACAUGAAUGAGCAUCUAACGCUAAAUAACAAAAUAUUAUUUCGUCAAUGUCGCGAAGCUGCAAAGAAACAUAGUUUUAAGUUUGUAUGGAUCAGGCAUGCUACUGUGCUUGCGCGCAAGUCUGAGUCAUCGCAUGUUGUGGCCAUUCGCUCACCGAAUGACAUUAUCAAAUUUAUUUCUAACCAGAAAUCUAACGAACAAUAA